AUGAGCGGAAUGUCAAAGUCUGGCUGGUGGGCCUGGUCGACUAAGAAGAAGAUCCUUGUCAUCGGAACCAUCGCCCUCGUUAUCAUUGCAUUGGGCGUCGGUUUAGGCGCCGGACUGGGAAUCGGCCUGAAUCACGGGGACGAUGACAAUGAUGGUGACACCGACACAAGGACUCCAGUAAACACCACCGUGAAAUGGCAGCCAGCCGUUGGCACAAAGUGGCAAAUCGUUCUGAAGACCGACAACCUCGACACAUCAAUCGAGGCACCAGUCUACGACAUCGACCUCUUCGACAACGACAAAGCCACCAUCGCAAACCUCCAAAAGAUGGGCCGCAAAGUCAUCUGCUACUUCUCCGCCGGCACAUACGAGGACUGGCGCGAUGAUGCCGACGAAUUCGACAAGGCCGACCUUGGCAAGAACCUUGACGACUGGCCCGGCGAGAAAUGGCUGAACGUCAAGUCCGCCAAGGUCCGCAAGAUCAUGCAGGCGCGUCUUGAUGUCGCUGUGGAAAAGGGCUGCGAUGGAGUGGAUCCUGAUAACAUCGACGGGUACGACAAUGACAAUGGACUUGGUCUUACUGAGGCUAAAGCUGUCGACUACGUGAACUGGCUGGCCGGGCAGUCUCACAGCCGUGGUCUCUCUGUUGGACUCAAGAAUGGCGCGUCCAUUAUCCCCUCUGUUAUUGAGAACAUGCAGUGGUGUGUUAAUGAGCAGUGCGCUCAGUAUGACGAGUGUGAUACGUAUGCUGCCUUUGUUCAUGCGGAUAAGCCUGUCUUCCAGAUCGAGUACCCUAAGGGUGAUACGACGAAUAACAACAAGGCUGUGUCGACUAAGCAGUUGAGCUCUGCUUGUACGGCGCACAAGUCGGGUAACUUCUCGACCGUCGUUAAGAAUAUGGACUUGGAUAAUUGGGUUGAGUACUGUUCCUGA